AUGGACCACAAAGAAGCAUUGGAGGCUUUCAAGCCAAUAUCGUUACAAAUGGACAACUUGAGCGACAUCCCCACCGGAUCGUCCGGAUACCCCCUGCUCGGCCCCCACUCCUCUAAAGUCCUAUAUCCGUCUACGAUCCUCUUCCUGGCCGCGGCAGUCUACGUUGCAUGGACGCUUCUGAGCCUUGCGCAGAAUGUCUGGUUUCAUCCGCUAUCAAAAUACCCUGGACCCAUUGCGGCGAGGGCGAGCGAGUGGUGGAAGGUGUACAUCGAAGUAUGGAAGAAGGAAUCGAUGACCGAGGUGCUCUCGCAGCUACAUGAGCAAUAUGGAGACGUCGUGCGAACAUCACCUAACGAGCUACACUUCGCCAGUGCCAAAGCAUAUUUCGACAUUUAUGCACCGGCAGUUCGAUGGGACAAGGAGAGGGUUCUCUACCAUUCUAUGGGUGUUGACAGCACAUCAUUCGGCUAUCUGAAGUAUCCCCAAGCGAAGCAGAGGAAAGAUGUCCUUCAACCUCUGUUCUCGAGGAGAGCUGUCAGCGGUAUCCAGGGGUUAAUACGACGGAAACUCAACGACUACUGCGACACCCUCACGCAACACAACGCGGCAAAGGAGUCGUCGAAUAUGUAUCUCGGCCUGCGAUGUCUGACAGUCGACACCAUAUCGGCCUUCUGCUUUGGCAAGUCGCUGAAUGCUCUUUCCGCGCCACACUUCCAAGCACCAAUCGUGAUAUCCAUGGACUACGCCAACCCUGAGUUCCUCCCUUUCAAGCACCUGCCUUCCUACCGGAACCUGAUUUGGGCCCUUCCAACGUCAAUAUCAGCUAAGCUCCUCCCGGAUACAUCCGGCUUUGCACAGAUCUCGAGACUGACUCGUGAACAAGUGGAGGCCGCGAUCGCAGACCCUUCAUCGCUUCAGAAGUAUCCGCAUCAGACCAUCUACCACCGCCUGCUGGAUCCAGCCGCACAGGACGGACGCCCAAUCCCUUCGAAAGACCAACUGCUUGAGGAGGCCAAGAAUCUGAUCUUCGCCGGCACGGAUACAACAGGCAAUACGCUCUACGUUGGCAUGUGGCAUUUAAUGAGAGACCUCAGCCUACAGAGUCGUCUCCGAAAAGAGGUUCGAGCCGUUUGGCCCAGCCUCACCGAUGAGCCGAGCUACGAGACACUCGCAAAUGUGCCUCUCCUCGCUGCCGUCAUCAAGGAGUCACUACGUGUAUCGUCAGGCGUCUCUUCGCCGCUGUCACGCGUGGUUUCACCACAAGGCGCAGUCAUUGGCGGCCACAGCGUUCCUGGAGGCACGAUUGUCGGUAUGUCUGCGGUGUUUCUACACAACAACACCGAAAUCUUCCCAGAACCACACGACUUCAACGCAGAGAGAUGGCUUGGACCGAACGCGAAAGAGCUCGAGAGGUAUUUGGUCUCUUUCUCUCGCGGACCGCGAUCGUGUCUUGGUAUCAACCUCGCCCACUGUGAGCUGUAUAUGUCUUUUGCAACUCUGGUGAGAAGAUUUGAGAUGAUAUUGGAUGAGUCGAUUGAGGGAAAGCUCAAUAUCGACGGGCACGGCAACUUGAUGUGGAGGGACACAUUUUUGCCGUGGUUCUACGGCCAGCAAGUGAAGGCUUGGUGUAAGCCGGUCGAGGAGUGA